UUUCUAUCUUGAAACCACCUCAUAACGUGUGUUGAGUGUAGUCUGUUGGGCAAUGCAACUUGAUAGAUCUCUUUGCAAUUUCUUACCAGUACCUGCAGGGACAUACUUGGCAUGGCCCGCAAACCCACCCCAGUGGGCCUUACCAAGGGACUGACAUUAUACAAGGCUCCAGAUUUGGGUUGCUUAGUCUUGCCAGCAUCUGGACUUCCUGAUGCUGAUGUACUGUAUGUACGUACACCUUUUCAAAGGAAUGCCUUGAUGUGUACAUUAUGCAUAUGCAGUAUGCUGAAGUCGAUGAAAAGAAAAGCUAGGCCAUGUUCAAGGGCGGCGUGGUGGGUCCCAUUUCAUUUCAGAUGCACCACCUUCAUUGUGGUCAAGUCACAAAUUUGCACAUACAGAUGGAUGCAGUUUCUAUUUCACAUGUUCAAUGACACUUUGACAAAUCCCGGUGGAGUGCUUUGAUUCUGAUCCUAUGGAUGCCUGUCCAUGCCUCCUAUUCUAUGCACCUAUCACCAAACAUACACCCAAUGGACAUGCCAUGCUCUUACAUAACAACCAGAGAUGGGGUGAGAAGCAAAAGGCGACUCAGCCAAGCUCUUGACCACUGUUGAGCCCAAAUAAAUGUCAGAGGGCUGAAGCACAACUGUAUCAGUCUCGUGCAACAAUCCCCAGCCCUCACUUCACAAUGAAAGCUUUCACAGUUGCUCUCGUAGCCACCGUGGCUCAAGCUCAAGAGGCUUACUAUUACCAGUGGAGCCCAGAAACACCGGUGGCUCCUGCCUUCAAAUUCCCAGAAAACAUCCCAGUUCCUUUUCCAGCCGCAAAUGAGCCCAAUGGAAAUGCCGGCUAUCAGUAUCAAUUCACCGCUGAGCAGCCCAAUAGCCGACCUUUCAAGGCUCCUGAGGAUGACACGCCUGUGGACUUUAAAUAUCAAUACGUGAGCAGGCCCGGUGACAGCUUCAAAUACAAUUACCAACCAUCCCCUGGGGAAUUUGACUUCACCGCCGCUCCCAAUCCAGACAUGAUAAAUGUCAUUCCGGACGAGAUUAAGGUCAAAUCAGCCAGUGUGGCCUCCAGUGUUCGUGAUGUGGGAGCAUUAUUGUCUGUUGUCAAGUCAGAUGACAUCAAGGCCAUCACGGGUGAAUUGGGCUUCGGCCAAGACUUUGACUUGGCGGGCGUUUCAGGUGGAAUUAACAAAAUUGGCGACUUCAUUGAGAAGGGUGGGGAGGCUGGUGCUGAGAUUGCUACCGAUAUUGGCCCAUUGACUGUUGUUCCAGAGCCCACUCAAGAAAUCAUGACAGAAGCCCUAGCUGUGCUUGAACCCGUCCCAGUGGCCACUUAUUUGAGUUACCAGCCGGGCUACCCGGUGCCCAUUGGGAGUCCAAUUGUCUAUAGUUACUAUUGAAAAGCCAGAAGUGAAAUGAAUAAAAGUGAACCCAGUUUCAAGAUGUUGUCCCUUACUGUAGGGAGUGUUACAAGCAUUACGAGUGCACCAUGUAGUAACAUGUAACAUACAACAUGUGUAUUGGCCGAGCUGAGGGCAACAACGAAGGGGUUCAUCAUCAUAUCAAAAGAAAAUCAACCUUUGCUCAUGAAAAACACGUAAUGUCACGUCAACACUUGAAAUAGGGAACAAAACAUGGAGCAUGAAGCAAGAAUAAAGCAGACUUGCAAAAUGGAACCAAUUCCAAAUGAUGUCAUCUCUUUGUCUGCAGCUACCAAGAAAAACUUAAAAAAGGGCAUCCAUUUUUGCAACUCCCAAAGACUGAGGAACCAAUGUUUCCUCCUCUUUUGUGAUGUUAGUGAGGUUUGGGGUUGGGUGGAUCAAUCUGAUCAACAACUUCUUGCAUAAUUGUGAUUAAUCUGGCAUAGCCAUCAUGGUCGAGACCAAUGCAUGGAUGUACACGCCAAAAACCAAGCAAAGAAGCAAACAACGGGUUCAAAAGGGUUCCAGGCUGCCGAUCAAGUUCAAGGUGCAUGAGAGCCCGAGAAAGCAAUUGGUCAUCCCCUGGUUUGGCAACGCCGGCCUGAUGUAUCAGCAUUCUGUCCCAGGUGGAAGCAAAUUCAAUGUCAGUUCCUUUUCCCAUUUCCUCGCCACUUUUCUGAAUAAUUUCAUGGUCAAGAGACCAGCCAUAGGCAAACAUGAUUUGGCCCUCAACAUGGACAACUGAAGCAGUCACGCGGCCAAGAUCACCAUGGAGUUCCUUGUUGUAAGGUCCCCCACUAUUCACCAAACCAGGCGCCAGCAGACUUAUUUUUGUUCCCCAAGGCCAAAAAUGCGUUGGCAGGCACGUCUAUCAGCGGCAGCACCUUCAAGAAGGAGUGGAAGGGGGCCUGCCGCACGAUCACCAAGGAAGAUUAUGUGGAGGUCUUUGACUAAUGGGUGGACCGCUGGCAGAGAUGUAUUGAUAGAGAGGGAGAGCAAAUGGA